AUGGCUACAAUAAAAUCAGAUGAUGACGGUCUAGAGCAGUGGUAUCUUGACACAAGAUACUCUAAUCAUAUGACUGGCCAUAAAGGUUGGUUUGUGAGUAUUGAUGAGAAGGUAAAAAGAAAGAUCAGAUUUGCAGAUAAUAGCACAAUGACAGCUAAAGGAGUAAACAAUGUGUUGAUUCAAAGGAGAGAUGACAAACAAUCAUUCAUAUGUGAUGCGUUGUAUGUGCCAAACAUGAAGAACAAUAUGUUAAGCCUUAGACUGUUGCUGGAAAAGGGAUAUUCAAUGAAGAUAGAGCAUGGUGAAAUGAGGAUGUUUAAUAAUUCAAGAAGAUUGAUCUUGAAGGCACCACUGUCCAAAAAUAGAACCUUCAAGAUUGAUAUUCAAAUCAGUGAGAACAAGUGCCUAGUUGCUGAAAUCAGGAAUGAAGAUUGGUCGUGGCAUUAG